AUGGGAGCAGGUCAAUCUUAUCUUUACAUCAAUUUAAAUAAUAAGAACCAAAAAUGUACGGUUAACGGAUGCACGGUUACUCCUUCUACAGCCCUUUUUAAUGAUACCAUAGACUUUGAAGUUGUCACUUACAAUUUCAACUAUAAUGGAAAGGCUCCAACAAGUUUUGAUAUUUACAUAUAUGAUAGUAAAGAGGCGGUUUAUGACUCUUCUUACAUUUUUGGUUAUUGCUCACCUUCAUCCAAUCAAGUAGCCAAUAACGUCGAAGUAUAUUAUUCAGUUUUAGCACAAGAUAAGCCAUUAGUCAUUACUUUUGUUACAAACAACCAAAAAUAUAAUUGUAAAUAUGAUGACUUAAAAUAUGCCAGAUGGAAUUGGGCUUCAUACAUUACUGAACAUACUUUUACGGGCGAUCUGUUACCCAAGUUGAAGGAACAAUACAGGAAGCUGUUAUUGAACAAAACAAUAAAAUUUGCUGUUGGAGACGAGGCAACUAAUGGUGUAGAAGUAAUACAUCAGGAGAUCGGCGAUGAAAAAAAGAAGUACAGAAUUAUUUACACGCCAAAAAACCGCGACUCAGUUUUGAAUUGUAAUUGUUUAUUUAAUCUUGAUAAAGAGACUAAAGAUUUAUCCAAUCAACUUGAGGUAAAAGAUGGUUGUAAAGGCCCUCAGGAUAAAAAGGCUAUAAAUAAAAUUGAUCAAUAUUGUUUAACUUCUGUCAAAGCUCACUUCUUCGAUGGAAUCAUAGUAUACUAUGAAAAAGAGAAUGACAAUAAGUAUACAGCUUUAUACUUGGAGUUCAUUGAUUUGCGUAAGAAAGACAUAUGCCUUAAAAGAAUAGAUCAAGAAGGGUGUUGGUGGGCUGAAGAAACGAUUAAUUACAAAGACAAAACGAGUUUGGGGAGUCAAUUAGGUACAAUAAAAAAUGGUCUCAAAAAGGUAAACACUGUAAUCCUGGACGUUAAGGUUUCCUACACCGGUGUUGAAGUAAAUCCUGAUAAAACUACACAAGCUUAUAUAAAGUAUACGCACACAUUUACAUCUGAAGACGAGCAUAAUUUCUUAUAUGGAAGAAAAAUUAUAACAAUUGGUUCAUGCUUAACAAAUGUUAAAUCGAAAAAAGUUGAAGUGUACUAUCUGAAAGCCAAAAAUAAAGAAGAUGAACAGCCAUUUUUAAUUGAGUUUAUUCCAAAUGGUGAGGGAGCUCAAAAUAACAAAAAUGCUUACCACUUUACAUAUAACGAGGGAUUUGACAAAUGGACAGAAUGUAAAGAGUCUAACAAAUUAAAAAACAAAUUAGACAAAAUAAAUACAAAUGGUGGAUGUAUAACGAAAAUAAGUUUACUUAGGUGGUAUGCACAUGAAAUAUUAAUAGGUGAGGAGCCUAAAGUACCUAAAACAGAAGAUGAAACAAUACCUAAAAAACCAGAUAUAGUAGAACCUAAGCCAGAACCUGAACCUCCACCUAUAUGGCUGAUUGUAGGUUGUGUUGCAGCAGGAGUAGUUUUAAUAGUUACUUUAGUCGUUGUUUAUGGUAUCUAUUGGUACAACACAACUAUCAAACUCUUGACAUAG